AUGGCAUGCUGCUGCCCGCCGUGGUGCACUCCUGCUAUUGGCUACUGCCGCGGGACCUUUGAAACCUGCAGCAAUCCAUGCUGCCACCUGUACAGGUGGCUAAGAUGUGAGCCGCCGUUUGUCGACGAGUUGGAUGACGACAACGAACUGGGUUCGCGCGAUGCGCUGCUGCAAGCAUUGGGCGUUUGUGCGCGACUUUGCUACGGAGCUGGGUUCGUCGACCGUGAGGACUGGGGCAAAGCUGACCCGCCGCUCGACGGAGAAGGUUGGCAGGUGGUCGAGCAGAUUGUCGAGUCCAUGAACUCGGACAACCAUGUGCAGGCUGCGUGCUACAUUCCCGAGACCAAGCAGACAUGUGGCUGCGGCAUGGGCAUCGUCGCGAUUCGCGGGACCGUUUCCUUUCGAGGGUUGCUGCAAGACCUGGCUGUGGGCACUCCUUUCAUGCGGAGGGCCAUCCGGCAUGCGAUAAAGGAGGCGUGUAGCUUCUACCUGAAGUGCAAAGCCAAGCAUCCAACGCUUGAGCUUUACAUCACUGGACAUUCGCUUGGCGGCUUCAUUGCGCAGGCCGCCGCCACCUAUGUCGAUGCUGAAGGUGCUGUUUUCAACUGUCCGGGGCCAGUGGCCGUCACACCGUGGAAGGUUUUAGUCGGCCCUUAUCGGCCCAAUUUCGAGGUGCACUUGACGCGUGAUGAUCCGUUAGCAUUCUCCUUCUUCCCGAAGCCGGAGAAUUUCCAUCAUAUCGCUUGGCCACAGUGGCAUCCUGGUUCCAAUCACAGAGUUUGCGAGCCGUACAUGAAGGAGGUGCGGAUCAUGAGAGGA